CGUAAUGUCCUAAACACUGGUGGUUUCCUAUGGACAUGACACAGUGGUUUAGAAUAGGAGAUAAACAGCGGAGUUCCGGAUAAACCGCGCGUUAUUCCCCCCCAAUACCCGGCCGGACUGAACCCCGCAGCGGGCAGGCAUGGAGGCGGUGCCGCGGAUGCCGAUGAUCUGGCUGGAUCUGAAAGAAGCUGGGGAGUUCGAGUUCGGCGCGGCGGUGAAGCAGUUCAUUCUGAAGAACUAUGGAGAAGAUCCAGACAAUUACAACGAGCAGCUGAAGAAGCUGGAGCAGCUCAGACAGAGUGCUGUAAACGUGACGAGGGACUUCGAGGGCUGCAGUACUUUACGGAAGUACUUUGGGCAGCUGCAUUACCUGCAGAGCCGUGUGCCUUUGGGUCCUGGGCAGGAAGCCGCUGUGCCUAUCUCCUGGACGGAGAUAUUUUCUGGAAAGACGGUCACCCAUGAGGACAUCAGCUACGAGCAGGCCUGCAUCCUGUAUAACCUGGGAGCUCUUCAUUCAAUGUUGGGAGCCAUGGAUAACAGAGUGUCUGAAGAGGGGAUGAAGGUGUCGUGUACACACUUCCAGUGCUCGGCCGGAGCGUUCUCGUAUCUGAGGGAUCACUUCAGUCACAGUUACAGCGUAGACAUGAGCCACCAGAUCCUUAACCUCAACAUCAAUCUAAUGCUGGGUCAGGCCCAGGAGUGCCUCUUGGAGAAGUCGAUGCUGGACAAUCGGAAGAGUUUCCUUGUUGCGAGGAUCAGCGCUCAGGUAGUGGACUAUUAUAAAGAGGCGUGCCGCGCCCUGGAGAACUCGGACACCGCCUCUAUGCUGGGAAAGAUCCAGAAGGACUGGAAGAAGCUGGUGCAGAUGAAGAUUUACUAUUUUGCUGCUAUUGCUCAUCUGCACAUGGGCAAACAGGCCGAGGAACAGCAGAAAUACGGCGAGAGGCUCGCCUAUCUCCAGAGCUCACUGGACAAACUGAACGAGGCGAUAAAGUUGGCUAAAGGUCAGCCAGACAGUGUACAGGAAGCCCUGCGGUUCACGAUGGACGUUAUUGGAGGAAAGUUUAACUCUGCUAAGAAAGACAAUGACUUCAUUUACCACGAGGCCGUGCCUUCUCUGGAGACGCUGCCCUCGGUUAAAGGUGCGCCACUCGUCAAAGCCUUACCUGUAAACCCUACAGACCCCAGUGUUACUGGACCCGACAUCUUCUCUAAACUGGUGCCCAUGGCUGCCCACGAGGCCUCCUCUCUCUACAGUGAAGAAAAGGCCAAGCUGCUGAGGGACGUCAUGGCAAAAGUUGACGGCAAGAAUGAGACUUUAGAACAGUUCAUGGACUCUCUAAAUCUGGACCCAAACUCUGUGGAUAACAUGGACCUGUAUAACAACAUUCCCUCAGUGCUGAUGGAGAAGUGUGCUGCUCUGAGUGUGAGACCGGACACGGUGAAGAGCCUCAUACAGUCCAUGCAGGUGCUGUCGGGGGUGUUUACGGACGUGGAGGCCUCUCUGAAGGAGAUCCGCUCAGUGCUGGAUGAGGACGAGGCCGGAGAGCGGAGGCUGGAGGAGGCUGGGGGGAAGCAGGCGGUUCCGGCUCAGCCCGCCGCCCUGGCCGAGAUCCGCCGGGACCUGGAGAAAUACCUGGAGGCUCACGAGAAGGCCAGCUUCACCAACACGGAGCUCCACCGGGCCAUGAACCUGCACAUCAGCAACCUGCGCCUGCUGGGGGGACCACUGGACACUCUGAGAGAGGCCCUGCCCCGACCACAGCUCAGUGAAGAUGAAGUGGCAGGCCUCCAGUGCAUGAAAAGGAUUUUGGGUAAAGUCCAGGAGAUGAAAGACCAACGCAGCUCUCUGGAGAAGCAACUGAGGGACCUCAUCCAGCAGGAUGACAUCACUUCCGUACUGGUUACCACUGAGAGGGCCGACAUGAAGAGGUUAUUUGAAGAACAGCUGAAGAAAUAUGAGCAAGUGAAGGUGUACAUUGAUCAGAAUCUAGCUGCACAGGAGAACAUCCUGAAGGCACUAACCGAGGCAAAUGUCCAGUAUGCCACAGUUCGCAAGGGCCUGGCCGAGACGGAACACAAAUGGAAUAAUACAGUCCAGAUGCUUGUUGCCUCUUAUGAGGCUUAUGAAGACCUGAUGAAGAAAUCUCAGGAGGGAAAAGAGUUUUAUGAAGACUUGGAGGGCAAGGCUUCUCGUCUUUUAGAAAAGGCCAAGACCCUUUGUAAAACCAGGGACGAAGAGCGGCAGGUCACAUUAGAGAAAGAGCUUCAGAAAAAGGCUCCUCAAAGGCCCACAGCCCCAAAGCCUGCUCCCAAAAAACAUCCGGAAAUGGAUUCUUCCAGCAUGGAAGACCCCGAAAUAGCCAAACUGAAUGCUGCCAUUCUUGCAUUAGGAGGCGAUUUGCCAGAAGAGCUUCGCAGCUUACCUCCUGAACUCGCUCUGCAAUCAGCUGGUCUUCCUGUGAUGCCAGAGGCUUUCCACCCUGGUGCCACACCUAGCUCAACACUACACUGGCCUAGGACAGCAUAUGCACCACCCCGAUUCCCUGCCAACCUGCCACCUCCUGAACUUCUUGCACGAAUCUCCCGCUUCACGCUUCCCCCAACACAGGGCUUCAACCACAGUUUACCGCAGGGACCCCUUCCGCAGCACCCACCGCAAGUUCCGCAGAUGCCUACCCCUCAGGUUUCCCAGCAUCAUCCUUCAAUGCCAGGGUACGGCCCUCCAUCGGUACAGGCCCAACCUGCUGUGCCUGGGGCUCCCACUCCCAUUCGACCCUCUACCACCACUGUGGACAGUGUGCAGACACCCAUUCCUAGCUACACUCCAGGACCAGGCCAGCCACCUAUGCCUGCCCCUGGCCACCCUGUGCCCACCCCUGCUGUGUAUACACCUGCACCAAUGGCUCCUCAGCCUCGAUACAUGCAGCAACCUGGCGUUCCAAUGACCCAUCCACCUCAUGCUGUGCACGCCCCUCAACCGCAGUCCCAGCAUCAGCAACCAUUUCCUCAGCAAGUGCGUGGACCCAGCCAACCACAGCCCUUUUUCCAGCCUGUGCCGCCCCAACAGCACAUGCCUACACAUUUGUCUGGUCCCCAACCACAGUAUCCUCAACCUGUGGCUCAACCAAGACAGCCUGGACAGCAACAUCCUUUCAACAUUAGCACAAUGCCAGCUUCCCUGCAACAGCCUCAGCAGGCGUACCCACCCGUUUCAUUCGUUCCUGGUGGCCAGCCCAUGAACGCCCAUGUUCAGACCAUUGCCCAAACCCAACUGCCUCACAAUUCCAUGCAUCCACAAAUGCCACCAUCCUCUCAGCAGAUGCCUCCAGUCUCUGUGCCACAUUUGCCACAUGUGAAAUCGCAAAUUCCUCCUUCUUCCCAGCCCUAUAUGCCCCCGGUCAAUCAGCAAACUCAUCCUCUUCCCCCUCCACAAGUGCCCCUUUCUUCCCAGCACAUACCCCCUGCAGCCCACAUGCAAAUGCCUCCACCUUCCCAGCCACAGAUGCUGCCACCAUCCACGCAAAUGUCUCCACCUUCCCACCAGCAAAUUCCUGCAGCCUCCCAACCAGUAUUGCGCCCUGCUCACCCCCAAAUGCCCAACGUUUCCCAGUCAGUACCGCACCCCUCUCAUCCGCCAAUGUCAACGGCUUCGCAGCCAUUCCCGCAUCACUCGCAUCCAACAAUGCCCGCAGUUUCCCAACCAGUACCACACCCCUCUCAUCCUCAGAUGCACCCUAGUUACCAACCAGGGUUUCCUGCAAACACUCCAAGGGUUUCAGUCCCUGUCCAGCCUCAGCUACCUCCGUCGUCUCUGUCCCCGCAACUGCCAGGACAUACCAAGGCGCUUCCUCCACAGCACCCACAGCACCUACAUUCACAAGCACCACCAGGACCACAUCCUCAGCACCCAGGCUGCUUGCCCCACCAACCUAUCCCCCCUCAAUCAACACCUUUGGGUGGCUAUCCGGGUAGUGUUCCUAUAGUUCCUCACCAGACUUCUGCAGUUCCUCAACAUUCCCAGGCUCUGCCUCCACAACUUCCACCAGGGGCACCAACAGCUUAUGCUGCACCACACGGUGGAACCAUUCCUGCAAGACCCAUGCAACAUCCUGGACCAAUUGUAUCUGCCGGACCCCAGUCUCUGCCUCAGGGUAUGAUCCCUCCAUCUUCAGGUGCCCCAGGAGGUCCGCAAAACAACAUUCUGCCCUCGCCCGCACCGUCGCCUUCUCCGUCACCAGGCCCAUCCUCACUGGGCAUGGUGCCUCAGAGACCCUCUCCUGCUCUCACGCCUGUUGGAGGGGCACCAAUUCCUCCGACUGCCACAACACCCCUACCUUCAUCCGGACCAUUGCCGCCAUCUGACUCCCUGUUUCAGCGUCAGAAUUCCAGUACAGAUGAUCUUCUUUCUUCAAGCCCCGAAAGCCAACAUGGAGGCGGCAAAGACACAGCUAACGUUUUAUUACCCACCAAGGCAGAUCCUCAGGAUGAGCAGCAUCGGAAGAAAGCUGAGGGAGUAAAGAUUAUCCAGGGUGAUCCGUACCAGGCACCAGAGCGAGUCUCUCAGCUUUGUGCAGAGCUCGAAAGGUUCCGGUCGACCGUGCAGUCCUUGGAGCGUCCCUCAGGAGAAGGAGGUCUCUCGGAACUUGACGCUCGAUGGAAAGAGCUGCAGGAUCAGCAAGAAAAGGAUUCCCGCCAGCUCUCCAUCGCCAUAGCUCGCUGCUACACCAUGAAAAACCGCCAUCAGGAUGUCAUGCCUUACGACCGCAACCGCGUUGUCCUACGCUCAGGCAAAGAUGACUACAUCAAUGCCAGCUUUAUAGAGGAUCUUUCGCCAUACUGCCCUCGUCUUAUUGCUACACAGGCUCCUCUUACUGGAACUGCUGCUGAUUUCUGGCUGAUGGUCUAUGAGCAGAAAGUGUCGCUGAUAGUAAUGCUUGUGUCAGAGCAAGAACUUGAAAAGCAAAAAGUCCUGCGCUAUUUUCCAUCUGAAAGAGGACAGCAGGUUGCCCAGGGUCCAAUUACCCUCACUUUGACGACCCAGAAGAACACACCUACUCAUGUGGAGCGCAUGAUCGGACUUCAGUAUCGAGACCAGAGUCUGAAGCGAACGGUCAUCCACCUGCAGUUUACCUCGUGGCCUGAACUAGGCCUGCCAGAGAGUAAAAGCAACCUAAUUCGCUUCAUUCAAGAAGUUCAUGGGCAUUAUCUUCUUCAGCGCCCGUUACACAUGCCUGUGGUUGUACAUUGCAGCUCUGGUGUUGGCCGGACCGGUGCCUUCUGCUUGUUGUAUGCUGCACUACAAGAGCUGGAGGCUGGAAAUGGCAUACCAGAUCUUUCCCAGCUGGUGAGGAAGAUGAGGCAGCAAAGAAAGAAUAUGCUGCAGGAGAAGCUCCACCUUAAGUUCUGCUAUGAGGCGGUCCUAAAACAUGCAGAGCAGGUCCUUCAACGGCGUGGCAUCAUUACCUCUCCAAUCCAGAAGCCUACAAACAACACAGUAGUCAAGCAGUACUCACGGCAAGAGGCUCAGGAUAUUGUUCUGGGAGGCGACAUGCCCAUCAGCUCCAUUCAAGCAACCAUUGCUAAACUAAGUAUUCGACCCCCAAGCAUUGAAUCAGAGCAGGAGCCCAGCCAAGACCUGACGACACCUUCUGCUUCUGCAGAACCGGAACCUCCAACUUUACCUGUGCAACCAGCCCAGGAUCCUUUUCCCACCGAUGCUGCUCCUGCUUCACUAAGUCCACCCCUAUCCAACGCCUCUUCUCCGGGCAAGACUCGCUCCCCUUCACCGCCAAGCCGCCAUGGCAAUGGGUUCGAGGGAACUACGCAGGACUCCCCGGUCUCCAACCAUCACAAUCACCCUGCCCCUGAUACAGCAGCUCCUCCAGCCUCGUCGUCUCUGGACCUGCUGGCCUCACUGACUCCUGAAGCCUUCACGCUGGACAGCGCCUGCCGCGGAAAACAGCGCAUCAACAAGCAAAGCUUCCUCCAGCCUCAAGAAGGCCAGGGCCUGCAGGGCCCUCCACAGGGAGACGACCCGCUUAGUGCCCUUGAUCCACUUUGGACGCUCAACAAGACUUAAAUUGUGAAAAACACAUAAAUAUUUUUCCAAACACUAGUCGGAGCAACUUUCCUGGACGUGGAUUGAGUAAGCUUAGUCUUGGACUUGUGACAGCACAGUGCAGAUGGUCUAGGUCAGGGGUUCCUAACCUUUUUUUUAUUUAUUUAUUUAAUAAUAUUUCACCACCUACCACCAUUAGUCAAUUAACCCCCCAAAACUCAUCAGAGAGAAGCACCUGAGACAGGUAGUGCGAGUCUAAGGUGAAUUUAGUUCAAUUUAGUUUGACAUUGAGAGAUCUAGAAUUCAGGUCGCUUUCUUAUGAUAGAAAACAAGAAACUAAAACCUCAACCCCAACCUUUUAUACUUGUUAAUAUUUACUGGAAUUUGCAUUUACUAAACUAAAUUAGACUAAAUUUAACUUUCCUAUGAUUAUUUACAACCAUUAUUGGCGUGCAUUCCCACCGUGCUCUUGCAUCCUUAGCAGGUUGCAGCACUUUAGGGACUGCAUGAAAAUAACUGACAAAAUUAAGAGUAAUGGAUGAACCUAUUUAACUUUUUCAAAACGUGACCUUGUGAUGUCCCUGUUGGUUCCACAUCAUGAGGUCACAUUUUUGCAAAAAGUAAAUUUGUUCUUUACUUUAUUUGUCCAGUAUUUUUCCUACGGCCCCUAAAGUGCCUCAUGGUUCUAAAGAAGCUUAUUUUUGGUUGAACUCUUUGAUUCUUAGAGUUUUUAGAGUUCUAGUCUAGAUUGAGGUAAAAUCCCAUCAUGCUCUUGCAUCGUCAGGGAUUUGCAGCACUUUAGGGAUCGUAAAACAAAUCGUAGGAAAUAACAGACAAAAUGUAAAGAGUAAUGAAUAAACCUAUUUAACUUUCUCAGUGUGAUCUUGUAUUGUCAAACCAAUGGUACAAUAUAAGGAAAUGUAAACAUAUAUUUUAUUGUUGGUUCUACAUAACAAGGUCAAUGAGCUUUUUAGGAGUUCUAGUCUAGAUUUGGGUACAAUCCCAUCAUGCUCUUGCAUUGUCGGGGCGUUGCAGCACUUUACGGACCUUUCUCAAAAUAGGACAUUGUGAUGUCGAACCAACGGUACAAUACAAAGAAAUGUAACCAUAAUUUACCAUUGGUUCUACAUUACAAUUUUUGUUCAUUACUCAAUUCGUAUACCAUUUUUCCUAUGGUCCCUAAAAACCCCAUGGCGCUAAAGACACAUGAGCCUGACUGACUUAGCCUUGUUUUUUGUCAAAUAAAAUGCGACCUUUUGAUAUUGAACAAACUGUACAUUACAAAGAAAUGUAAACACAUAUAUUUUACUGUUUGCUCUACAUCACAAGGUCACAUUUUUGCAAAAAGUUAGAUUUAUUCACUACUCAAUUUGUCAAAUAUUUUUCCUACGGUCCCUAAAGUGCCCUAAGGCACUAAAGACACAUGAGCUUGGCGGGACUUUUCCUAGUCUUUUGGUCAAAUACAAUCAAAUCCAAUUUAAAAUCCAGUUAAAAUAGUAAAGUAAAAGUUCAAUAUGGUGGAAGGUGGUUAUAUCUGUUGGUUAUCGUCAGUUAAAUGUUUGCGCUCCUUAAUUCUCAUGAGAUUCAAGGAGUUUAGUCACAGUGUAGCAUCACUACAACUACAUCUCUCAAACCCCCAGGUACAGGUACGGUCUCAGGAUCCCCAGUGGGGGUCACGUCUCCAAGGUUAAGAACCCCUGGUUUAGGUUAUGCUUGAUCUGGGUCUGCGAAAUUGGUCGUCACAUUUUUGGAGGUUGUUUAGUGUUGUUUUUCCUGCUUUUCUCAUCAUCUCAGCUUUGUUUGGUUGGAUCGUCCGUGUUUGAAGCAGAAAGGAUCCUCAUCUUUACAGUGCUGCAACUCAAGUCAGUGCUGUAAAGCUGUAAACAAGAGUUCUGGCUGCUCUGAAACCCUUUUUCAAACUAGUCCCUGUGCCUACGGGACCACAUCACUGUGCGUCCGUCUCGCUCUGUGUACGUCUCGUAUGUUCGUCUGUCUGUUAGGUCUUUUUGUUUUAGUCCGCACUUUUCCAGCACUGCCCUCGUUCCUGAAAGUGGUGUCCCAGCAUGCACUCCUCGCCUGGAGACUGUCCUGUGGGCCUUCCCUUCCGUCAUGGACGUCUGUGCAGUAUCUCUCUGUAUUGGGAAGAAUCCAAUCCAAGUUUGUACUCUUGGAAAACUAUUGGGAGAACGACACUCAAAAAAAAUAUUAAAAAGGGGAUUCCGCUGAUUUCUCAAAUUACUGCUUAAUUAAAUGGAAACUAAGUGUUUCAUUUCUGAGGAACGUACUAAUUUAAAAUUCUUUAAAGAGGUAGUAAAUGGAAGACAAUGCUAAAGUCCAUACAGCUCUGGGAAAAAAUGAAGAGAGCACUUCAGUUUCUGAAUCAGUUUCUCUGAUUUUGUUAGUUAUAGGUUUAUGUUUGAGUAAAAUGAACAUUGUUGUUUUAUUCUAUAAACUACAGACAAAAUUUCUCCCAAAUUCCAAAUAAAAUACAAUUUGCAAAUAACGUAAAAAAAAAAAAAAAAAGUUGAAGUUAAUAUUCAUAAAAUUUUUUAGAGUUUUUAGAGUUCAGAAAUCAAUAUUAUAACCCUGGUUUUUAAUCACAGUUUUUUUUUCAUGCGUCUUGGCAUCUUGUUCUCCUCCACCAGUCUUACACACUGCUUUUGGAUAACUUUAUGCUGCUUUACUCCUGGUGCAAAAAUUCAAGCAGUUCAGUUUGGUGGUUUGAUGGUUUGUGAUCAUCCAUCUUCCUCUUGAUUAUAUUCCAGAGGUUUUCAAUUUGCUAAAAUCAGAAAAAUUCGUAAUUUUUUUAAAGUGCUCUCUUUUAUGUUUUCUUUCCAGAGCUGUAUGAUAUCUGAUCCAACAGAUUACCAUGGGUAUUAAAAAGCGUUUAUCCUGCUUUUGUUGGAAUAACUCAACGUUUUUACUGUCCAGGAAAGAAGGCGCUAUCCUCUAUAAUCAAUUUUGGACCAUUGCUCUGAAGAUUUGGUUGAAUCUAGCAACAAACAAGAGCCUUAAUAAGGUUAAGAUGUUGGUUGAUCACCACUUAUCCCCCCACAUCCCAACUUCUUAACUCGUCCAAUCCAAAAGUAUUGGAUGAAGCGCCAUCAUUCCAUUCCACCUUUAUACUCCUCUAUAACUCAUGUCUGACCCAACAGGUUCAGGUUUGUUUUUCUACUCCAGCAAGCCCUAUUGUUCUGUUGGUAAUACUUCCAAAGCCACAGGGACUUAGACGAGCUAAGUGAUAAACAUUUGGACAUAUAGUGUACGUUUCUUCAAAAUGAACCAUGUCUAAAUUGAAUGCGGAAAUGUAGUGGAAUUCCCUGAUCAAGCAGCAGAUCAAUUGCUAGUUUUCUAGACUCAGAUUAAAUGUAUCGGCAGGGUUUUAACGUGACCUUAAAUGGAGAAUCCCACUUUCCAGUUUAAAUGUUUGUGUUGUUUUUAAUCUGUGUUUGAGAAACCAGCCUAGUAUGAUGAAGCACAGGAGUUUUGCUUGCUGCUUGCGCUUUGUCUCGUCAUUCGUCCACAACGGCCACGUUCACACGGCAGGUAAAAGACGCCCAAAUCAAGCAGUUUCAGUGUCUGCAGGUGGGCUUAUCAUCAGUAAUGCAUUGGUUGGUUUAUUAAAAACUUUUUUUUUAAGCUUAAAGCUUUUGAACAGCAGUAACGCUCUCCUGUUACAGCUGUCCUUGUUCAUCGAUUUCUUUAGAAACGUGGAGCGCUUGCAACCCAAACCUGUUAAUUUAGUUUAUAUUACAGCUCAGGAAAAAAUGAAGAGAGCACUUCAGUUUCUGAAUCAGUUUCUCUGAUUUUGCUAUUUAUAGGUUUAUGUUUGAGUAAAAUGAACAUUGUUGUUUUAUUCUAUAAACUACAGACAACAUUUCUCCCAAAUUACAAAUAAAAAUAUUGUCAUUUAGAGCAUUUAUUUACAGAAAAUGAGAAAUGACUGAAAUAACAAAAAAGAUGCAGAGCUUUCAGACCUCAAAUAAUGCAAAGAAAACAAGUUCAGAUUCAUAAAGUUUUAAGAGUUCAGAAAUCAAUAUUUGGUGGAAUAACCCUGGUUUAAAUCACAGUUUUCAUACAUCUUGGCAUCAUGUUCUCCUCCACCAGUCUUACACACUGCUUUUGGAUAACUUUAUGCCGGUCUCUGGGGUUUUUUUUCCCUGAGCUGUAUUUACGAAAUCAUUAUCCUGCUCCUGAACCCCUCAUUCAAGUCACUAAGCCUUGAAUUGGAUAUUUAUUGAUUGAUUAUUGAUUAUUGACAGAUUUGGGAUGAUUUUACCUGCUGUUUGAACGUAGCCUGAAUGUCACCAUUAACAAGCUACAAUGUUCUGCAACUGAAUGGAAAUAUGAAAAUGGCAAAAAACUAAUGUUACUGUAGGUACUCUGGAAAACCUACAUGCUAGCAGCUGUUCAUUGUUGGUGUUCCUUUUCUUUGUACAAGGCUGGUCCAGCCUGGAGACGUGAGGACUGAAUGGGUAUGCUCUGUACUCACCUUACUUAUAAACACUUAACGUUUCCCAAUCAGCACUCCAGAAUCCAUUACGUUCUAAUGAGCUGAUGAUUUCUGUCUAAAUACUGUAAAUAUCUCUUCAUUAAAAUCAGUAUCACUGAACCGUU